AUGAAGCUAUUUUUGUUAGGUGUUAUUGCUUCGGCUGCAGCUGCAUCAGAGGACGAAUCUGGUUAUCAAAUUGUUGACUAUGAAUUCGACGAUGCUACGGAGGACGAAAGGUCCUUGGAAGGGACCGGACUUAUAGCUGAUGUAUCAGGAAUGGACCUUGUGCUGUCAACGGCGAUCAACCAGGCGGUGUCUUCCACCCUGGUCCCUGUUGUAGGACUAGCAGGCGGUUUUGCUAGGAGCGCUGUUGCUUUCUGCGGCAGUUUGUCGGCACUGAAACCAGAUGCGAUGUUGCCUGCCAGUUUCUAUGGUACCGUCCUAUCGGUCAUUCAAGGCUUCGCUGAUCCUGUGACGGGCCGCGUUACCACUCCCGUGUCCAUGGAUGCAUUUUUGGAACGGUUGAGGCUCGCCUUGGCUGAGCAAUCCGUUGUGGAUUUUGACAGCUUCAAGCGCGUCGUGGAUAAUUUGAAAAAGAUUGUGAUCCUGUAUCCUUUCGUUACAACCGGCGCAUACUUGACUUACCUGUCGCAGGUACUGUCAACUAUGCAAGCCGUUUUGGCAGCCACCAGCUUGCCCCAUCCGACUCUGAUGCCGGCGACCAUCCCGCUCGCUCCUCACACGCACAGUCUUGGCACCAUCCCAGGCGCAGUCAUUCCCGCAAUUAAUAUCAGCCCCACCAAUCUGAAUCCACCGAACGUUGGUUUCACCGGAGCGCUUGAUGGCGGAAUUCUCGGACAGCUGGUCCAUGCCAUGGACGCCGUGAAGAAUAACGAACUCUUGGCUCAUUUGGGCGGCGGCUUCCGACCUGAUAUAAUCAUGAACGCUGGCCCCAAACUACUUGGCUUGAAUCAAUUGAAAUCUCCAGUAUUCACCGGGAUUAAUGCUUUGGGUGCUCUCAACGCUAUCAAGGCCAGUGCAACGGGCAGUUUAUUGUCCCCAAUCUUCCAUGAAGAUGUUCAGGAGGAAGAGGCCCAAGGUCAGAAUGCCGAGCCCUCGCCAGAUCUCUGGGGCCCAGUUCCGGUUGAAAUGGGUUCCGAUUCCUUCUGGGACCCCAACUAUCUUGAUGUUGAUAUCUCACGGACUGUCGACUUGGAUAACGCAGGUGGCAGCCACCCCGUUGAUCACGACAUUCACCGCCACACAGUCGUUCGACCGAACAUCGUCAAUGUUGGACCGGCCUACAGCUCCGCUGGUGUGAAGCCAUCAUCGCCGACCGAUCAGCAGCAUACUACUCAAGGAGAGGUGCAGAACACCCAGGGACUGAACACCCAGGGACAGAACACACAGGGGCAACAGUACACCACUCAGGGCCAGCUGCACAAUACUCAGGGCCAACUGCACAACACACAGAGUCAGUUGCACACGACCACUGGAGCCGACCACACGGUGGGCCGGACUUCGCUGUGGAAUCCCGCGACUGGAUUGCACUUGACCUACCCGACCAUUCCAACUUGGCCAACUGUGGCGCCACAGACUGUCGCUGCCACCCCCGCUGCACCCACGACCGCGCCGGUUGUCUCUCUGCCUCCAUUCCACCUGUUGCACAGAUUCCAGAUCAAUCCGAACAACACGGCCUUGGGUCCACUACUUGCGGCAAAGGCCGCUUUUGACAACAAGAUCGGACAGAUCAUGGCACCUAUUGUUGCGAACUAUGCGGACCAGCCAAUAUUGGCAAGUCAUCCGUGGUUCGUUCAGCACAUGCUCGGUCACGCGGUCCCCAAUGAUCAACCCGCUCCCACAGUGAAGCCGUACCCGCCCACUACCACCAAAGAAGUGGUAGCGCCGGUGACUCAAUCUGGACCCAUCAUCACUGCUCCAAACGGCAGCCCGUACCUCCAUCCGUUGUGGGCAGCUUCGCACCCUGGCGGACUUGUGCAUCCUAGUGGUCUUGUGCAUCCAGGGCUUGCGCACCCACUUGCUUCGCAGCUGGCGGUUAAUGGAACGACUGGAUACGUACAUCCUCUGAUUGGUUCGCAUGUCGGAGUGGCGGGUUCCCUUCAUCCACUGGCUGCUCAAAUGGCCACAAACGGAACCUGGGUACAUCCUCUGGCUGCUGCAGCCACGGGCGUCAACGGCUUUGUCCCCCCCGUCCUCAUGCACCCUGUCCAUCCAGCGGUCGCCGCGAUUCAGAGCAACAUUCAGGCGAAUGGCGGCGCGAUUCAUCCUGUGAUGGCAGCCCGCCUUAACAACGGAGUGACGCACCCGUCUUUGCUAAGGGCACAGGCGAUGGCUAACGCACUGCAAUUAAAUGAAGGCGAUGAAACACCCGCAAGUGAAAGUGAGGAAUUUAUUUGGAGUCUUCCUGAUGCAUCCGUUUAUUUUCUUCAGCGGCUUGACCUUAUGAGACCUGCGAGAAUGGCUCCUGCUACCUUCUUGCAGAGGAUCAACAAGACCAUCCAAAGCAUUGAUGCAUCCGGUGCUCUGUCGCUGGUGACGCCGAGGCAGUUCGUCCUUGCAGUCGCCGAGGCGGUUGAAGAAAUUAAAGAAGAACUGAGUGAACAGCAAUUGAUAAAUGUGAGCUUACGCGUGGAUGAGGCAUUGAAGGGACCGUUCCCGCCUUUCCCGAACAUCUUGGGCCACAUCCAUAAUGUCGUAUCAGAGAAGCUCGGAGCUUAA